UCGCUCUCGCUUCGAAGUUGCUCCGACGCCCUCAACAGAACCUGAAGCCAAGAAGUGAAACCAUCAGCAACUCGAUGCCUGACGGAGAUGGCGCUGACACGACCCCGGCCCCAAAACGCGUCCCGCAGUCUCGAUACCAAAUCCUCGCCUAUCAAUGCAUCGGCGUCAGUACGCUGCACCAAUGGACCACUCCCCCCGAUGGACAGCAGCCACGUGCAGUUUCAUUUCCCGCGACUUAUCAGGUACCAGCACCGCCACGAUCACACAACAAGCCCCGUCCCUGCCCGCAUGCUCCCCGGCCGGCUACGCGGCGUUAAUGCGGCUUACGUGCCGUCAGCACUUUCCCGCGUGUAGCAGGUGCGCGCCGCCAGCGCCUUGGAAGCCGAACAACGGGACUGCUAGUGUGCAAUGGUUUUGGUAUUCCAGCAUUUCGAUUCGGGCGCGGAGUGCCAGUGGACGAACCUUCUGGUUACUUGCGCAGAGUGAGCAGCCUUGGGCGUCAGCAGCGGAUUCGCAGAGACUAACGUACCUUGCCUGUACACAUCGCAAAGGGUCCAGACUCGUGGUAGCGAUUGGAGCUAACUGUGUUGCGCAUGGGGCUGGCGUUGCUUGUUUCAAGAGCAAUUCCAACUCUGUGAUACAGCGGUAUCCGGCCCGUGACUCGGGGGUUGUCGGUUGCGAUCGCUGUCUGCUCCGUCAGAUCGCGGGAUCGAAGCCCUGGACGAUGAUUCCCUUUGGGAACGUGUUUACUGCGUCAAACACCUUCCUGGGCUGUUCUCGAUAAUGCUAUGCCUAGGUCGCGUCCGCGAUGGCGGUUGUAUGCAAGCCUGGAUUAAGAUGGAGAAGUUCAGUGGCAUACGUAAUGAUUCCUUUUCACGUACGCUCAGCUGUGAGGAUCCUCUGUGUUGCGAGAGAGGAUAUCGCUAAGGAUUUAUUGAUUAAGAAUGCCGCCGUCUCAUUGUUGGGGGCCAGAUCUAGGCUCCUAUCUUGGAAUUUGACUUACGGGCCCAAACAAUUGGCCAUAUCUGCAUGUCCAGGCGAUACAGGACUAUAGGACUCUGCUUUGCAAUAGCUGCACCGACGUCUCUCAUCGCUAGAAGAAGUUCGCGGAUAUUAUGCCGGUGCAGAAUAU